AUGCUGGGCUUGAUAAGUCGUACUGUUCGAUCUACAAGUAGAGCUUCAUUGCGGAAGGUAAGCGCACCAAAAAACGCGAACUUCAGAGCUUUCAGUGGCGCUAAACUAUUGCUUAAUGAAAAGAAAAAUGCACAGAAGCCAAGUUCCAUCCUGACUGAAGAUCUUCUGGCCAAAGCGGGUGUAGAUGUGGAAGAAGGAAAACCCCAAGGUGAGAAGGCAGAAGGGUCGAAAAAUGAGGAUGUUGAAGAGCCUAUUGGUCGCGAUGGCUCCGGAAAACGUAGAAGAAAGAGACAAACGUCAACAGACGUGAAACGGGAACGUUAUGCCAACUGGUUCUACAUCGGCUCUUUUGCAGCGCUUUCGGGUGCUGCCGGGUAUUUGGCCCGCGACUGGGAAGACGACGAGGCCGAGGAACUGAAAAAACAGGCCGCUAGCGGUUACACCCCAGAACUGAUGUACACACGGAUGAAGUUGCGCUUCAAUUCCAUCUUUUCGUACUUCCAAGAACCUCCCUUUCCUGACCUCUUGCCUCCACCACCCCCUCCUCCAUACCAGAGGCCUUUGACGCUCGUUUUGAGUCUGGAAGACGUGUUGGUUCACUCGGAAUGGACCAAAGAACACGGCUGGAGAACGGCCAAAAGACCCGGAGUGGACUACUUUCUGGGCUAUUUGUCUCAAUACUACGAAAUCGUAUUGUUUGCCUCCAACUACAUGAUGUAUGCAGACAAAGUCGCUGAGAAAUUGGACCCCAUUCACGCUUUCAUUACCUACAAUUUGUUCAAAGAGCACUGUCUAUACAAGGACGGUGUGCACAUCAAAGAUCUUUCCAAAUUGAACCGUGACAUUGGAAAAGUCAUUAUUGUCGAUUGCGACCCCAACUCGUACAAACUACAACCUGAGAACGCGGUGCCCUUGAAGCCUUGGGAAGGUCAGGCUGACGACGGAUUGUUGAAGCUAAUACCAUUUUUGGAGUACCUGGCCACCCAGCAAAUGAAUGACGUUAGACCUGUGUUGAACAGCUACAACGACAAGUACCAGAUUCCCGAAGAAUUUGAGCGUCGUGUGGCUGUACUCAAGGAAAAGUUCUACAAGGAGCAAGAGGCGAAGGCCAACGGCAACUGGGCGUUGAAGGCGCUUGGUGCCGGUGCUCUGGGCUCCACAAAGGCCAAGUUUCCGCUAGAUUUGCUCAGAGAAGAAGGUGAAAAGAACUACGUUCGUUUCAUGCAGCUAAUUGAGGAAGAGAAAGAAAAGAUCCGAAUCCAGCAAGAACAGAUGGGUGGUCAGACUUUUACGCUAAAGGACUAUGUCGAGGGUAAUUUGCCAUCGCCUGAGGAGCAGAUGCAAAUCCAGCUUCAGAAACAAAAGGAGUUUGAGACCCAAUACGAACAAAACAAGGCAGCUGCUCAGAACAAAUAA